AGUAGAAAAAAAAAAAAAAAUAGUGAAAUUUGUAUGAUUUAUUUUUAUUGUAUUAAGUUUAGAUAACGCGUACCAGUCUUUGAUUGAACAGCCAUGCCAGAGUUGCCGAAAUGUGUCUCAGGCGAUUCUUUCGAUUCUCUUGAAGAAAAUCCGGUUCGAGAGGCUCAAUCGGGUGUGCAGCCAAUAAGUAAAAAAGUGACGACUUUUACGAAAAAGAAGCCCAAAGUUAAAGUGGGCAAUACGCGCCACAUAGAGGCAUGGCUAGAGCUUCGUCAUCGAGUGCUCAAUGUUGUGAGUGAGGUAGAUACGAAACCUCCCGGCUUCCAAGCGGCCCGUAUGACCGGCGUAAUGGGCUUGCGGCAAAAUGCAGAGUCCUACAAUGCGCGUACCAAGACGAACAUUCAGAUGCUGGUAGAGAUAUCAAAAACAAUGCGAACCCAUGGUGUCAUAAACCCAUUUCGCCAUGAGCGAUUAUAUACAACGUCCUCGCUGCCAAUGACCUUAAAGGUAAUGGCUCGCAUUGACCAAGAGAAUCAGGACAUUGCCAAGCGCAUUCUGGAUGUAGUCAGCGAGAUCGAUACCGGUCUCCCAGCGAAAGACAAACGGCCCAAAAAAUCUAAUCGAUCCUUGCAGCCGUUUGUUAUGCCCGAAAAAAGCCUGGAAAAGUACAAGGGCUACAACAUUAACAUGCCCAAAACGGACCAGGAUCGCUGGCAUCUCCUGCGUCCGCAAAUUUACCUGGACAUAUAUUUAAAAGGCUCACGUCCGCUCGGCCGUAUCGUCGUCCAACUGUACACGGAGGCGGCCCCCGUGGUAGUGCUGCAGUUAGUGCGUGCCUGCAUGUGCAAUAGGUACAGCAGUCUGGUUAUUAGGCGACUGUUUCCAAAUCUCUGGCUUGAUGUCGAACUGUGGGACAGUGGCAACUCGGACCUGAAUCAGCCCAUGGAGUACGAUGGCAAGAUAAUUGAUCAUGGUGCCUCCAGUUAUGUGCUGUCCUUUAGCAAGGAACAUUUGCAGGGAUUUCAAACUUAUAUGUCCUUUUCAAUUUCGUUCAAGCCACUCGGCGUGGUGAACGGUUCCCGCGUUGGCUUUGGUAAAGUUGUGAAGGGCACUAAGAUUCUGGAUUGCCUCCAAAGCUAUGGCACCAAGAACGGAAAGCUUACCCGCAGCAUUAUCUUCACGGCCUGUGGUGUGCUAUAAAUUUUAUGUGAACGUAACCAAAUUUAAAGUUAACUUUUUACAACUUUCGAAAA